AUGAUCACGAUAAACUCCACACAGGUUUCAUAUUUCUCCCUCGGUGCGUACUUUGACACUGGGGUUUUUAAAUAUUUGUACUUUCUAUUUACUCUGAUUUUUUUUCUUUCAAUCAUCAGUGCCAAUGUUUUCCUCAUUGUGGUUAUCUGCAUGAACAGAAGUUUACAUGAACCUAUGUACAUCUUUCUGUGCAGCCUGUUUAUGAAUGAACUGUAUGGUAGUACAGGGUUGUUUCCAUUCCUUCUGAUUCAGAUUCUCUCUGAUGUUCACACUGUCUCUGUUCCUUUAUGUUUACUGCAGAUUUUCUGUUUGUACUCGUAUGGAGGUAUAGAGUUUCUGAGUUUAGCUGUCAUGUCUUAUGACAGAUAUCUUGCCAUCUGUCAUCCUCUACAAUAUAACACACUUAUGACAUGGAACAAGAUCGCCAUGCUCACUGCUCUGAUCUGGUGUUACCCUUUUGUGAUGAACAUUUUUAUCACUUACUGUCUAACUGCUCGUUUACAGCUGUGUGGGAACGUCAUUAACAAAGUUUACUGUGAUAAUUUCUAUGUGGUCAGACUGGCCUGUUCUGACACCACACUCAAUAACGUGUUUGGACUUACUCACAUGUUUACAGUCGUCUUUGGUCUGAUCAUUUUGAUCAUUUACACGUACAUCCGGAUCCUUAAAGUUUGUUAUUCUGGUUCUAAACAGACCAGACAGAAAGCUGUGAACACCUGCACGCCUCACCUCACUUCUCUGCUCAACUUCUCUGUUGGCUGUUUCUUUGAAGUCGUCCACAGCAGAUCUAACACAGCUCAGAUGUACCUACCGAACAUGUUACGUAUCUUUCUGUCAUUGUAUUGGCUCACAUGUCAGCCGCUGGUCAGCCCUUUAGUGUACGGACUGAAGAUGUCCAAAAUACGCAUUGUUUGUAAAAGUCUGUUCUUUGGGGACAAAAUGUGA